AUGAUUCACUUCCAUUCUCUCUCUCUCUCUCUCUCUCUCUCUCUCUCUCUCUCUCUCUCUGUUAAUCACUUUUUAUUAUUAUUAUUUUUCGUCUUUCUUCUUUCUGUAUAUUUUCUUUCUUUCUUUCUUUUUAAUUUUUAUUGUUUUUCUUUUCCUCCGUUAAUUUCAAUUUUCUUCUACCUCGUCUUCAUCGUCGAUAUAUUCUCUUUAUUUUUCUUCUCGAUGGUCUUCUUCUUCUUCUUCUUCUUCUUCUUCUUCUUCUUCUUCUUCUUCUUCUUCUUCUUCUUCUUCCUCCAUGGCUGCAUUAUAUUCUUUUUUUUCUUUUUAUUGGUUAUAACAUCUUUCAUUUAUUUAUUCUUUUUCUUAAUAAUUAUAUCUUAUUUUCUCUUCUUCUUCUUCUCCUUAAUAAUUAAGUUCUUUUUCCUCUUCUUCUUAAUAGUUAUAUUCUCAUACUCUUUCUUCUUCUUAAUAAUUAUAAUAUCUUUCUUCUUCUUCUUCUUCUUCUUAUUAUUAUUAUUAUUAUUAUUAUUCAUCUUCUUCGUCUUCCUCUUCCUCUUCUCUCUCUUCUUCUUCUUCUUCUUAAUAGUUAUAUUCACUUUCCUUUUCUUCUUAAUAAUUAUAUUAUCUUUCCGCCUCUUCUUCUUCUUCUCAAUAAUUAUCCUUCUUCUUCUUCUUCUUCUCAAUAAUUAUCCUUCUUCUUCUUCUUCUUCUUCUUCUUCUUCUUCUUCUUCUUCUUCUCAAUAUUAUAUACUUUUUCUUAUUCUUAUUAUCUAUAGUUCUCUUCUUACAAUCCCUUUCUUCUUCCUUUUUCUUUUUAGUAGUUAUCUCUUACUAUUUGUCCAUAGACGACUACUACUAAUUCUUCUUCUUCUUCUUCUUCUUCUUCUUCUUCUUCUUCUUCUUCUUCUUCUUCUUCUUCCAUUUAUUUUAUUUUAUAUACCCCCCGUCUCUUUGUUGAUUUCCAUUUACCAGUAUUUCAUUCCCUAUUUUUCUCUAUUUCCUUCGUUCAUUAUCUUUUCUUCUCUCUCUUUCUAUCGCUAUAUCACUCCCUACUCUCUCUCUCUCUCUCUCUCUCUCUCUCUCUCUCUCUCUCUCUCUCUCUCUCUCUCUCUCUCUCUGCAUAAUAAUCCAGAGCAUUCAAGGAAGUCAAAUUUUGUUUCCAUUUUUGCUUUUUCCUCUUCUUUCUUUCUUUUUUCUCUCCUACUCUUUCCACAUUCUUUCUUUCUUUCAUUAUUUUGCUUUCUCUCUAUUUUCAAACAUUUUUUUUUUAUUCUUUCUUUCUUUAUUUAUAUGCUCUUUUUCUUUCUUUUUAUUUUCCUUUCUUUCUUUCCUUCUGUUUCCACACUUUUUAUUUCUUUCAUUGUUUUGUUUUCUUUCUUUCGUUCUUUCCUUCUUUCUUUCUUCCUUUCCUUCAAUCUUUCUUCCUUUCCGUCUUUCUUUCUUUUUCCUUCCUUCUUUCUCUCCUUCUUUCUUUCUUCCUUUCCUUCAAUCUUUCUUUUUUCUUUGCUUCUGUUUCCACACUUUUUAUUUCUUUCAUUGUUUUGCUUUCUUUCUUUCUUUCCUUUCCUUCUUUCUUUAUUUCUUUCUUUCCUUCUUUCUUUCUUUCUUUCCUUCUUUCUUUGCUUCUUUCUUUCUUUCCAUCCUUCUUUCUUCCUUUCCUUCUUUCUUCCUUUCCUUCCUUCCUUCUUUCUUUCUUUCUUUCUUUCUUUCUUUCUUUCUUUCUUUCUUUCUUUCUUUCUUUCUUUCUUUCUUUCCUUCAAUCUUUCUUCCUUUCCUUCAAUCUUUCUUCCUUUCCGUCUUUCUUUCUUUUUCCUUCCUUCUUUCUUUCUUUCUUUCCUUCCUUUUUUCUUUUCUUCUGUUUCCACACUUUUUAUUUCUUUCAUUGUUUUGCUUUCUUUCUUUCUUUCUUUCUUUCUUUCCUUUCUUUCUUUCUUUCUUUCUUUCUUUCCUUCUUUCUUUCUUUCUUUCCUUCUUUCUUUCCUUCUUUCUUCCUUUCUUUCUUUCUUUCUUUCUUUCUUUCUUUCUUUCUUUCCUUCCUUCCUCCAUUCUUUCUUUCUUUCUUUCUUUCUUUCUUUCUUUCCUUCCUUCCUCCCUUCUUUCUUUCUUUCUUUCUUUCCCUUCUUUCUUUCUUUCUUUCUUUCCUUCCUCCCUUCUUUCUUUCUUUCUUUCCUUCUUUCUUUCCUUCUUUCUUUCUUUCCAUCCUUUUUUCUUCUUUUCCUUCUUUCUUCCUUUCCUUCCUUCUUUCUUUCUUUCUUUCUUUCUUUCUUUCUUUCUUUCUUUCUUUCCUUCCUCCCUUCUUUCUUUCUUUCUUUCUUUCUUUCUGUUUUCACACUCCUUCUCCCGUUAUUUCUUUUUCUUUACAUCUAA